AUGGAUCUUGAAAAAAUACAAUAUAAUGAAAAGAUAAAUCAAAUUAUUCAAAAUGCUCUUUCAAAAUUUAGACAGGAUCAUAAUGAGUUUGUUAAAAAUGAAUUAAACAUUGCACAAAACACAAUUCAGCGUGGUCAAAGUAUACAAUGGUUUAAUAAUUUAAAUAAAAAUAUAAUAGAAAAUGAUUUCUUUGAUCCGAAAUCUAAUUAUAAUGAAAAAAAAAUGACUUUCUAUGUUAAAAGCUUUAAUCAUUUAAAAACUAACACUUGCAUUUUUCAAAAAUUAAUUGAUAUCGAAGAUAUACCAGGACUUCCAAAAUAUAAAGAAAAUACAGCAUUGAGACUUAAUGUUAUUAAAAAUGAUGAAGAAACUCUUCGAUUUGUACCUUAUAUUGGAGAAGGCAAUGAAGAUAGUGAUCUUAAUUUACAUGAGAUAUUUGAUAUUAAAAUAAAAAAUCAAGAUAAAGAAGAAAUUAUGGAAAGCAUUGAUUUAUCAAGUAUUUUACUCAAAAUAUUAUCAGAAUGCGAAAUUACUCUUUCAUUACUUUAUGAUUAUUAUCUAGACUCUAGAACUAACGUUUUAGUCUCUCGUAAUUUCAAAGAAGAUUGGGUUUCCUUUUUAAAACACUGCAAAAAAAAUUAUACUAAAGUUUCUUUAAAUGAAAAAUAUUACUCUAUUCUUGAAAUUUUUUCUUCUUCAUGGAAUUAUUAUAUGCCUGUAGAACUAUGGAUAACUAUACAAUGGGUAGAUAAAAUAUCCAAAUUUCGUACGAAAGACAAAACUAUUGUAUUAAAUCCAUCAAGUUCUGAUCCUUUAGAUUCUUAUUCACAGUUGUUAUGUAUUUUUUGCUAUAUAAAUGAAUGUCCUUAUCAUGAUUCCUUUGUUACUCGACUUCCAGAUCUUUCUUUUCAAAUGGAAGAACCUUACGAUAAGGAAAUACCUUGUUCUAAAAACUGCAUUUUAAAUGUUUCAGCAUCUAAAGAUGUUUCACAAUCUGAAUGGACUCCUGAUGACAUAUCUAUUCUAGCGAGCUCUGUAAAAGUUUUAAAUACAUGUCCUAGAUAUUCAUGUUUAAUUGCAUUGGGUUUAAAUAAAACUUGUGUAGAGAUAUUUAAUAAAAUAAAUAAUGAUUCUUUCAGAAUAUUUCUUAAAGAUUUUCAUAACAUAAAUAACACAGAAAAUUCAUUGAAAAACAAUAAAAUAAUAACUUAUCAAAAGAUAUUAGGUAAAAGAAAAAGGUGGACAUCAUAUCCAGAUGACUGUGAUAAAAGCGGAUUGAGCACAAAAAGAGCAGAACUAAAACCUUGUGAUCAUUUAGGUUUUUGUGAUGAAAAUUGCCUAUGUGUACAAAAUAGAGUGUUUUGUGAAAAAUUCUGUGUUUGUCCUAGUAAUUGUCCAAGAAGGUGGUUAGGUUGUCUGUGCAAAGCCAAUAAAUGUAGUACCUGGGCAUGUGAAUGUGUAAAAUGGAAACGAGAAUGUGAUCCUGAUAUAUGUAUUUCAUGUGAUUCAGCAGAAGCUCUUGAUCCAACAAAUAGACAUAAUCCAGAGAUUCUUGCUUUAACAUGCCAAAAUGUACCUUUACAACAAGGAAUAGGUUGUCGUGUAAUAUUAGGAAAAAGUAAUAUUUCUGGAUGGGGUAUAUUUAUUGGGGAACCAGUAAGAGCCGAUACAUUUUUAGGAGAAUAUAAAGGAGAAAUUAUAUCCCAUAAUGAAUCCGAAAGACGCGGAAAACUUUAUGAUAAAAUUGGUAUAUCUUUUUUGUUUAACUUAAACAAGAAUCAAGUCGUAGAUGCUACAAGAAUGGGUAAUAAAUUUAGAUAUGCUAAUCACUCAAGAAAAAGGCCUAACUGUUUUGCACGUGUAAGUUUGGUAAAUGGUUGUCAUAGAAUUGGGUUUUAUGCUAUUAAGGAUCUUAAAGUUGGAGAAGAACUUUUAUUUGAUUAUGGAUAUAAUCAACAAACAAUUCAUUUCGUACCUUUAGAAUUAUGGGAAAAAAAGGAUAAACCAAACACGUCUGACAAAGAUAAAAAAAAAAACUCAAAAUCUAUAAAAAAAUCCAAAUAA